CAGAAAGAAUAUCAGGCACUUGUUCCUGAGAAGUAAUAGCAGUAAAAGAAAGUCUUUAAGAAAAUUACAUAUAUUAUGGAGGAGGCACAGACAAAAUUACGAUUUUCCUCACCAAAGCAUUCACGCAAUAAAUUUGAUGAUGAAAAUAUUUCAACAGAAUCAUCUGUCGAACAGAUCAGAGUAGAAGAUGCAAUAUCAGUUAUUAUUGAUGAAUUUAAUAAAGAGAUUGAGUCAGACCCAGACAUUCCAGUAUUAAAAAGAGAUGAACAUACUAUGUUUCUAUGGAAGGGACUGAGACAUCUAGGCAUAUCAUAUGAGUGUUUAGAUGCUAGUCGACCAUGGCUUUGUUAUUGGAUAUUACACAGUAUGGAAAUAUUAGAAGAAACCAUUCCUAUAAUGACAGCUAAAGAAAUUGCAAAAUUCCUUGGUAAAUGUCAAUGUUCAACUGGUGGUUUUGCAGGUGGUCCUGGUCAAGUUGCUCAUUUAGCACCAACUUAUGCUGCUGUAAAUGCUUUAUGUAUACUGAGUCAAGUUACAGAUGAAGCUCUUAAUGUCAUAAACAGAGAAACAUUAUAUGAAUAUUUAUUACGAAUGAGAACUGAUGAUGGUGCAUUUUUAAUGCAUGAAGGUGGUGAAGUUGAUAUCAGAGGGACAUAUUGUGCUGCAAGUGUAGCUAAACUUACAAAUUUGUGUACCAAAGAGUUGUUUAAAGAUACACCUCAAUGGCUUGCAAGAUGCCAGACAUAUGAAGGAGGGUUUUCAGGAGCACCAGGGUUAGAGGCACAUGGUGGUUACUCUUUCUGUGGUAUAGCAGCUCUACUUAUUCUGAAUGCAACCAAACAUUUUGACAUCAAAGCUUUAUUGCGCUGGACAGUAAAUAGACAGAUGAAAUAUGAGGGUGGUUUUCAAGGUAGAACAAAUAAAUUGGUGGAUGGCUGCUAUUCAUUCUGGCAAGGUGGAGCUUUACCAUUGAUACACAUGGUAUUAUGUGCUGAAGAGGAUCCAGCUGUCAGUGCUAAUUCCUGGUUAUUUGACACAUCAGCUUUACAAGAAUAUUUAUUAAUAUGCUGUCAACAUCCAAAUGGUGGUUUAAUAGACAAACCUGGAAAAACCAGAGAUUAUUAUCAUACUUGCUAUUGUUUAAGUGGGUUAUCUGUAGCUCAACAUUUUACUAGUGGUCAUUUAUAUCACACGAAAGUUGUGGGUAGUCCAAAAAAUGCAGUUAGAAGUAUUCAUCCAGUCUUCAACAUUGGUGUAGAAGCUGUUGUUAAAGCAAAAAGUUAUUUUAGUCAUCAAGUUCCAGUACAUAAAGAUAAUGGAAAGACAUCUUGA